AUGCCUUUUUCAUACCAUAGUCACUCGGGACAAUUCUGCGAGCAUGCAAAAGGAACACUUGAGGAAGUUGUUCAAGAGGCCAUCAGGAGGAAUUUCUUAAUUUACGGAUUGUCGGAGCAUUGUCCUAGAUACAGGGUUCAGGAUUUGUAUCCUGAGGAG